AUGGUUGCACUAGAAGAGCUCAGAAAGAAGACAUUCGAGGAAGACAUGUUCCUGAACAUUCGGCACCCGGAUGGUACACGAACAAUACAUGAGCUGACAACGACACUGCUUGAAGGGGACCUUUGUCUAGAGCUGGAAAAGGAACUGAAAGAAUUCCUUUCCUUCGUGGAGGAAAUCCAGGAGCUCAGCCAGCUAGAGCUGAAUUUGCUGGAAGAGAAGGAAGCAAUGGAAAAGAUACUCAAGAUUACAGAAGAUAGAGAUAACUGGCUUAAUCCGUUUGAUGACGAGCUUUAUAUCAUCGAUGAGGAUGAUAGUCUGAAUUCUAGCCCUGCCAACGGUUUGAAGCAGGGUGUGAAUGAAGGGGAUAAUGAUGGGGAAAAUUUUGUGGAUGUCGAUGAGAUGUUUGAAACUGGAAAUGACAGUCAAAAAAACUCUGAUGUAGAAGUUAAAGUCAUGAAAAGGAUUACUGAAUUGUCUGCAGACGACAUUAGAGGGAUGGAUUUCUCUUCUGAGGAGGAAGCAUGUGAAUUCUAUUCUAAAUAUGCUCGUAUCCGUGGAUUCUUUCCAAGAAAAGAUGAUGUAUACAAGGAUGAUGAUGGCAAGAUUAUCUCACGACAGGUGGUGUGCAAUAGGGCUGGACAAAGCAGUAAAAGGUGGAAAGUGGUUUUUUUUUGCGAUGAACACAAUCACCCAUUAACACCAUAUAAGCAUGUUCAUUUGAUUCCAAAAUUCCGGCAAUUGAGUGAAGGGGACAAAGCUCAAGCAGAAGGUAUGAACCUAUUUGGUGUGAGGACCCGCAAUAUUAUGGAGGUGAUGAUGGGCCAAAAAGGUGGGGCUGAGUCGGUAGGCUUUACCGGCAAGGACUUGGCCAACCACCUAGACAAGCAAAAAAGGAAAAGAGUCAAAGAUGGUGAUGCAGUUGCGGCGCUGUCCUAUUUACAAGGAAAACUUGACAGUGACCCACUAUUUUUCUUCAAGUACAACAAAUCGGAACAAGGUAAUCUCCUUAACUUGCUAUGGUGUGAUGGAACCAGUAGAAUGGAUUAUAACGUGUUUGGAGAUGUGGUUGCCUUUGAUAACACAUACAAGAAGAACAAGCAUCCUAAGGUGGCGGUUACAGAUGGAGAUCUAGCAAUGAAGGAAGCUAUUAGAGUUGUGUGGCCGAAUACCACGCAUCGUCAAUGUGCAUGGCACAUUCACCAGAAUGCUUUGAAAAAUAUUAGAAAUCUUGAUUUUGCAGAUGAAUUCAAGUUAUUUGUGUACGCUAACUUAAACCCUGACAAGUUUGGAGAGAAGUGGGAUAAACUGGUUGAGAAAUAUGGUAUAGCCAACAAUCCAUGGAUUGAUACGAUGUAUGAGACAAGAGCUUCUUGGGCAAGCACCUUCAUGCAAGACAAAUUUUUUGCCGUGUUCCUUGUUGGAUUUUCUUUUCAUUUUGAGCGGGCUAUGAAGAAAUACAGGCACAAUGAGUUGGAAUCUGAUUUUAAGUCUUCUUAUGGUGAGCCUGUUAUGACAACAGCACUUAGUGGCAUUGAGUAUGGAGCUGCCAAAAUAUUAACAAGGAGCAUGUUUUGGGAAGUCAAGGGUCAAAUUGAGGAUGCCUGGGGCUAA